AGCUGCAGAUCCAAAAAUGUUGACGUCCUCGCAGGCUGAUAACGGCUCCACGGCGCAGCCUCCAUUCUCGUAUCCAUCAAGUAUUAAACUCACCUUCGCCAUCUUAUACGCUGCAAUCAUUUCAAUGGCCUCAGUUGGAAACAUUUUGGUGAUCUAUAUUCUGUACAAGAGGCCAGAAACAAGAAGAUUAACAAGCUUCAUGUACGUCAACCUCGCUGUGGCCGACCUACUCGUAACAGGUGUUGUUAUGCCUCAGUCGAUGGAACUAAUCAUUUUGGAUAAUCUGUGGAUCGAUGGAACAUCUGGUGAAUUACUUGCCAAGCUCAUCAUGUUUGUUUUCUUCGUGGCGGUCACAGCGUCUGUCUUCUCUCUAACAGCCGUGGCUUUUGACUUCUUCUUCGGGAUUGUCCUUCCCAUGCAAAAGUUCCCUCGCUUUAGGAACAUUGUAACAUUUGCAAGCUCAUUACAAGUCCAGUGA